UCGUAGUGGCUUUCUCUCACGCUGCGUGCGCUACACUCGCUGCCAAAGGGCUCUGACAGCCUGCUCGCUCGCUCGCCUGCCCGCGUGGGUCCUUCAGAGCACUGCAUGCGUCGCCUCCGCAUUUCUGGACGCCAUAACGCGGAUAGGCUACGGGGGGAGGCAGGCUCGCUCACUGAGAUACGGAUAGGGAUACGGUCCGCUGCUACUGCAGCGCGAGUCUGUACUGUAGAGUCGACUACUGUAGUGUAGAAUGGAGCCCAUCGCUUCCCGUUAGCCCUGAUCGGAGGUGGCGACAGUUCCGUGACAUGUUGAAGGAAAUAACAGCGCGCUGACUCGACUCGGAACGUUUGGAAUUUAAUUUGACCAGUUUUACUCUCUCUGACUGUCACCCCCCCAAGGUGGUGUUGGACCAAUCAGAGUGAAGCAUGGCGCUAUCCUUCUGCGGUAACGACCGUAACGACUCGUACAACGUGGACGAGGGCGUGCUGAAUAACGGCUGCUUCGUCGACGCCCUAAACCUCGUGCCACACGUCUUCCUCCUCUUCAUCACCUUCCCCAUCCUCUUCAUCGGUUGGGGUAGCCAGAGUUCCAAGGUCCAGAUCCACCACAACACAUGGCUCCAUUUCCCGGGCCACAACAUGCGCUGGGUGCUCACCUUCACACUGCUGUUCGUACACGUGUGUGAGAUCGCAGAGGGAAUCGUCUCCAAUCAGCGGAUGUCUUCUCCUCAUCUUCACCUCUUCAUGCCGGCGUUCAUCGGCUUCAUAGCGGCCACAACAUCAGUGGUGUACUACCACAACAUAGAGACAGCCAACUUCCCCAAGCUGUUAUUGGCUUUAUUCAUCUACUGGGUGUUGGCCUUCAUCACUAAGAGUAUAAAGUUGUGGAAGUUUGUGGAGAGUGCGAAGGGGCCUCAACACCUGAGAUUCUGCAUCACCGCCAUGUUGGUUAUAGUGUACGGGUUACUAAUGGCCGUGGAGAUCAACGUCAUACGCGUCCGGCCUCUGUGCGCAUGUGCGGCGUGUGAGUGCUGGGAGCGUGUGAGAGCGUGGCGAAGUGUUUGA